ACUAAAAUUGAACAUAACUAAAGAAUGGAACAUUGAAAGGGUCUUUCGUGUGAUAUGAUCCCAAAUUGCCAACCAUUCACGUCGCAAUUACUUGACAAAGAAGCUAUCGAAGUUGGGAAGAAGAAAAGGCAGAAUUUGGCUAAGUCAAAAGCUAUGUUCAGGGCACCUACUUUGGAGGCAUGGUUCUCUCAAUUGGCUUGGUGGAAAUUCCAGUUUAAGGGUUUGUUUUGAAGAUAAAGUUGCCAUAUUUCCAAUGGUAUGCUUUAUAGAUCCAGAAGAUGUCAUUAAGGUUGUUUUCCAAAGCAUCAAAGUUGCUACAUCAAAACUGGAAAACUGCCAGGAAAUUGUCAAGUAUAAAUAUAUGUUCGUGAAGCCUACUUUGGAGCUCAAUUCGGGGAGCAUGGAAGGGAUUCAAGUUCAAAGGCUUCUACAACAUGAAAGUAGGUAUGUUUAUCUAUCAAGGGAAGGAAUCGGAUGAAAGAUCGGAGUUCUGGAAGGCCUCGAACAAAAGGCAUGAAGUUAGUACGAAAGCUGCUUUGGGACUGUUUGCUGGCAGCUUACUUGCGAUUGAAGAAAGAAAGUUUAAACCCGAGUUUUUGUGUCCUUUUUAGUGUAAACUUUUACCUUAAUUGUUGCCUAGCUCUAUUAGGAUUGUAUUAGGUUUAUUUGCCUUUAAAUACCUUCUAGUUUUCGUUGUAAUAAUAAGACUUUGAUGAAUCGAAAAACAAACAUUUGGUUUUGUGCAAGUUGCGACUUGUUUGAGUUUGGUGGAUUCCAAACUUGUGAGCUUUGUAUCGAUUGAACAUCCUCUUCAAUUGUGGUCGAGCAGCUACCCUUUUAUACCAUUCGAGCUUUCCCCAUGUGUGGAAUUGUCCGUUGGUUCCGUUUUAUCCCAAUUUCGUAUUAAGAACGCGGUGUUCUUGAUUCGAGUUCAAUCAAUCUUUGGAUUAAUUGUUUGCUGCGUUACUUUGAUAAAAAUACACCCCUCAGGGGCGUAUUAUCAUGCCACCAAAUGAGCAACCAUGUUAUACUGAUGACCAAAUAAACCUAACAUCAAGCGGCCCAAAAUCUCACCGCACAACCGCAAUCUUCCUUAGAACUGUAACCCCUCGAACAUGUGUAAGCUAUCCGGAGUCUAUCCACCACAACCAUCUCGAGCAUCGCCCACAAACACCAUAGACGAUAGACUUCUAGAUAGGCACCAUCGACUCACAUUACGCAGCAAACAACAGUGGAUGGUAAUUGAUAGACUUAUUGGAUAAUGACACCUAAUCGUCAUUACUCGCAUGGGUAUUCGAUUGGACCCAAAUUGACUCAUAUGCACUUUAAUAAAUUUGGAAUUGAGUUCGUUCCAAUAAACCAUUUCACUAUUUGUCUUCAAUCGAUAUUUUUGUUAAAAAAGACAAAAAUUACAUAGGAGUUCGAUAAGGAGGAGAUGUACUCGAAACUACUUCCCUAUUCUUCUCCGUCACUACUUGUUACUGUUAUCAUUAUGUUUCCUUAGUUUACGUUAGUGGGUACUGCUUUGCUUAGGAAUAGCUUUCUGUUAUACUCCUCAAUGUAUAUAUAUACAUAUCAAUAAUACAAGUAGAAUCGGAUUUCCCGAGACACUUUCAUGGUAUCAGAGCCAUAAUAAACUCAAACGAGUUACAUACCUUUUCUUUUUCUUCCUUUUCUGUCUUCUGCUUCUUCCUCCAAUGGCUACUUCCUCCACUACAUCUGAUUCUUCUUCUCCGUCCAUCCAAUCUCCCUCUCCACAGCGCUUGCUGAUUCCUUCAAAUCCCCAGCUCACUGUCAAAUUAAAUCCAACCAAUUAUUUGCUAUGGCGUGCUCAGAUUAACCCUUUACUUCGAUGUAACCGUCUCAUCGGACACAUCGAUGGCACUCUUCCUCCUCCUCCCUUGACUGUCGAGAGUCAACCCAAUCCAGCCUAUGCCACCUGGUACGAGAAUGAUCAGGUCGUCCUUGCCUGGAUUAAUCUCUCGCUGACGGAAGCUGUGAUGCCCACCAUUGUCAACAAGACUACUGCUCGUGAUGCCUGGGAUGCUCUCACUGUUGUCUACGCCUCGGGCUCUCCCGUCAUCAUCGGCCAGCUCCGCAAGAAUCUCAUUCGUCUCUCUCGCGACAAUGAGACGAUCCAUGACUAUAUCCACCGCGCCAAAGCUAUCUAUGAUAAGAUGCUCGCUCUCGGCGCUACUGUCACCGAACAAGAGCCGGUGAUUGCUCUUCUCGAUGGCCUCGACGAGGACUAUCGUCCCUUCACCCGCAACCUCGAAGCGUGCCUGGAGCCGAUUUCCUUUGAGAAUGUGAGCAGUCUCCUUCUCAGUGAGGAGAUUCAGCUACAACGCUUCCAAUCGGCUUCUGUGGACAGUGCACCACCGCAGACCGUUUAUUCUGCUCGCGGGGGGCGCAACGGCGGCCGCUACAGUCGUGACAGAGGGCCUCGUUUUGCUGGUCGUGGGUUUUCCCAACCGAGCCGUUUCUCUAACCCUUAUUUUGCAGGUCGGCCCAUUUCUGGUGAAUCAAGGCCCGCUUCUUCAGGCCUGCUGGGGGUUGGGCCUUCAAGCCCAUCCAUGUUGGUAUGUCACAAUUGUGGGGGGAAGGGUCAUAAACGCCCACACUGUCUUAACCCGUUUAUUUCAGCCCAACCCACUUACACUCCUGGACCUGCCUCCCAUCUCGCCCAAUCCUCUCACCCCGCCCAGUCCUCGUCACAGUGGCUUCUUGACUCCGGUGCCAAUCAUCAUCUCACCUCCGAUUUGGGUAAACUGAUUCAUCAUUCUGAAUACAAUGGUCCUGAUCAAGUCACAUUUGGCGAUGAUAAAUGUCUGCCUAUCACUCAUUCUAGUUCAUCUACUGCUCAAAUUUCUACUCGUUCCUAUGUUCUCGAUAUAUGCUUCAUGUUCACCAUGCUCCUCAAAAUCUUCUCUCUGUAUGCUCCUUGACUCGUUCUAACCCCAUCUCCAUUGAAUUUUUUAAUACCUAUUUUGUGAUCAAGGAUCGCCGCACGAAGGAUGAGCUCUAUCGUGGUUUUGCGCGUGAUGGCCUAUACUCUUUGCCUCUCCAUAUCCAAAGUCGCACUCUUCCUCGUGUCUUCACUGCUUCUCUUGAUCUCUGACAUCAGCGAUUGGGUCAUGCGAAUAUCAGGGCCGUCAAACAUCUUUUGUCUACUCAUUCAAUAAAUUACCAUGAUAGUUCUCCUUCCUUGUGUCAUGGUUGUUUUAUUAGUAAGAUUCACAAAUUGCCAUUUUCGUCUUCCCAAUAUGGUGCUUCUGCACCUUUAAAUUCGUUUGUAGUGAUCUUUGGGGCCUUGCUCCUAUUCUUUCAUAUGAUCGUCAAGCCUAUUAUGUUCUAUUCUAUGAUCACUAUAGCAAAUUCAGCUGGGUGUAUUUUGUGCGUUAUAAAUCUCAACUCCUUAAUGUUUUCAUUCAAUUUCGCCAACUGGUUGAGAAAUUUUUCGGUCUCCCCAUUAAAACUUUUCAAUCUGAUUGGGGAGGUGAAUAUAAGAAAUUGUCAACUUAUCUUGCGGGUAAUGGUAUUGUUCAUCAUUCUUCGUGUCCCUAUACCCCAGAACAAAAUGGUUGUGCCGAGCGGAAACAUUGCCACAUUGUUAAUAAUGGUCUCGCUAUGUUACACCAGGCUAAUGUUCCGCUCAAGUACUGGUCUCUCGCGUUUGAUACUGCUUGUUAUCUCAUCAAUCACACUCCUACUCCUCUUCUUCAAAAUCACUCUCCCUUCCAUACCUUGUUUCACAAAUCUCCGGAUCUUCAAAAUCUUCGGAUUUUUGGGUGUUUGUGUUAUCAUUGGCUUCGUCCUCAAACUUCACAUAAACUUCAACCACGUUCAACACCAUGUGUUUUCUUGGGUUAUAGUGGUUUACAUAAAGGUUAUCGGUGUCU